CCUUAUAACCCUCCGCUUUGCCAUUGCUCGCCGUCUCCUCUACGGCGUAGUCCUCGCCGGCGGCCAUCGUUCCGGUCUCUCCCUUCUCCGAUCUCUUCCGACGUACUCCCCCGCCGGCGGCUGUCAUUGGCUCAUCCUCCCUUCAGCUCUGUAACUGAUUCGAUCACAGCAAGAUACUGAGGUAUAUCUUUGCAAAAUUUCUCAAUAUCCACAUAUUUUGUCACUGCUGAAAAGUUGUUCUGUGAUGGGACUGACGGGUUUGAGGCCUAGCUCUGGAAGAAAGGAAAAAUCAAAAGGUUCUAAAAGCAAGCUUGAAAAGAAAUGUCAGUUAAUUGAAAAGCUUAAAGAUUCUGCUGUUUCACUAAGUGUGAAGAAGUCCAUUGGCAAGAAGACAAAACCAAGAAGCCGACAAAAAAAGUUGAAGGCAUAUGAUCUCUCAAGCCUUUCAGAGUUCCUUCCAGACUUGGAUGCAUCCAAGAAACAAAUUAAGGAAACUAAUUUAAAGCUGAACAGCAAGUCUAGACUAAAGCUAGUGCAAAGGGAAAGUGCGCAACUUAAAGCUGUUCUCAACCAUCCAACUUUCCAGAUUGAUCCGAUCUCUGCCAUUCACCAGCAUCUGGAGAGAACCCAACCUCCGGUUGACCAAGAAAAACUUGCAGGGAAAACAAAGAAGGCGAAUAAAAAGAGUGCAAAGAAAAAAUCAGCACGAAGUCAAGCUAUGGAUAUCUAACUGUUUAAUCCCUUGACAGUUAUGGGCAAUGUUUUCCAGUGAUCUGGUCAGCAAUCCAGUUUUUCCAUCUGGAAUGCAACUCAAUAAUGACUGUUGUUUUUGUGAAACAUGAGCUUCAAUAUGGUUUUAUGUUCUCCAAGUCCGUGUUUUCUGUUAUGUUUAUCAGUUUUCUACAGAGAAGUUCAUUGUUCUUGCAUUCUUUAUAUCAUUAGGAUGUUUUUUUUGUUUUUUGACAGAGUUUAUCAGGAGGAAUGUGUUUAGAUUGCGUUAUAUCAUAUAACAUUAAUGUACUUACUGGAUUGUAUCCGAUAUAAGAAAUAUGUAAUUUUUAUAAAUUA